CCUGAAUAUUGGUAUAUUUGACAUAAAAUAGAAAUAGUGAGUGUUCUAUGAAACAAAUAUGUCACAAAUUUGGCGCGUUAUUUGACGUUAUUUUCUUUUGUUUAUGUUCCAAUUGAUCAGGAAUAUUUUAAAGAAAUUCGUAAAAGUUAAAAAUUGUGUUAAAAAUGGAAAGUGUUAAAAAAGUUCGCUCUAAAAAUUUUAGUAAAGAGGAAGAGCUGUUGUUAUUGCAAGAAAUUGCAAAAUUUCAGCACAUAAUCGAGUGCAAAACGACAAAUAAAAUUAACAAUAAAGAUAAAGACGAAGCUUGGCAAAAGGUGUUAAAUGGGUUCAAUUCAAAAAACCUGGAAGUUCGGGGCAUGACACAAAUAAAGUCGAAGUAUGACAAUUUAAAAACUAGGACUCGAAAAGAGGUAGCUAAGGAAAAGGCAUAUUUAAGAGGAACUGGUGGUGGUCCUGCGGUUAAAAAAGAGUUAGAUCCUAUAAUUGAAGCUACACUAAAUAUAAUUAAUAUUAAAACGGUGGUUGGGUUAUCUAACAUGUUUGAUAGUGAUGCCAGUACUAGUGUUUUUAUACCAGAGAGGAUACCAUCACCUGAAAAAUUAGAAGAACAAAUAUCUGAUUCAGAAAUACUGUAUAUUCAAACAGUAGAAGACACGGAUGAAUAUUCUUCAGUCUCCACGAAGUCCCCAACAUUAUUGGAAUUUAAUAAAGAAACUUGUGAAAUUAUAAACUUGCCUAGUACACCCCAUUAUGAAACAGCUUUAACUACCCCACUUAAAGAAAAAAGAAAAUGGGAAAGUUCAUCUGUAAAAAUAGAGGCAAAUAAAAAAUCAGAUUGGAGCAGAUAUGUGCCAAACAAUAUAAAAAGUAAGCCACACGAUAAAUUAAGGCCAACUGUUAAGAAUCCUGUACAUUCAGCAAAGGAAACAUAUUACAGAACCAAGGUUGACCUGCUUCAGAGAACCUUUGAUUCUGAGGAGAAGGACAGAAUAAGAAGAAGAGAGAGAGAAGAAGAGGAGCAUGAAAAAAAAUUAUUAUUAUUAGAUUUAGAUAUUCAAAUUAAAAGAAACCAAUUAAAUGAGUAA